AUGCCAAACCAAACAUACGCGUACCAGUCCGUCCAACGACAUCGCAAUCCGCGGCUACAUGUCAACGCCGUGUGGCUUGGGCCGUCUACUUCAUGGAUGAACUUGGAUCCCCACCGAGCACAAUGUGGCAUGGCGCGAACGGGGCCAUCAGUUGCGUCAUGCGUCAUUUUCGUCUACCACGAGGGAGGCGGCGCCAUGUAUUCAGAGUCCUUGUCCAAGUCUCCGAGUGUCUCAAAGAAUCAAAUCAUCGCGGAUUGUAUGGAACGAGGCCACGGACUGCGUGAAUCAACGUUUGCAGUGAACCAUCAUCGUGUCAAAUCCGAGUUACCGAGUGUGGGGCAGUCAGCUGUGUACACCGCUUACCAACGGUUGCGCCCCGUCGUCACGACCAUUUCGCCAAUCAAGCAAGGAUAUUCAGAUGUUGGAUCUGCAUGGGCGAUUGCGCGACUGGCGUGGACAAAGCAACUAGCCUCGAGUUCGACGGGGCUAGUUUGA